CUGACGGCCCCUCAGAACCAGUGGCCGACCUGCAGCCAGACGGCGAACACACCUCCGCUGAAGAAAGCGCAUUUAACAGUCGAACACGGCGCUCGCAAGAGGGGAAAAGAAAAAGAAGUGAACACAAGGAAACUAACACCAACCCAAAACUUGCCAACCAGACUCGAAACAUCCUGUAUUUUACAAAAAAAGGUAAACGGAGAUGGCGUCCGUACUGACCUACAUAGGUGACUUCUACACCGACCUGAUGGAAAACAAAAGCGAUGAACGGGUCAAAGACUGGCCUAUGAUGUCCGGACCCGGGCCCACGAUAGCCAUCUGCCUCGCGUACGCCUUCAUCGUCAAGUACCUCGGGCCGAAGCUGAUGGAGAAGAGGAAGCCUUUCGAGCUCAAGAACACUCUCAUGUACUACAACCUUUUCCAGGUUUUGUUCAGUGCGUGGCUUUUCCGAGAGUCCCUCCACGCUGGGUGGUUCACGACGUACAGCUUUAGAUGCCAGCCUGUCGACUAUUCAAGAAGUCCUCAUGCCAUGAGAGUUGCAUCAGGCUGUUGGUGGUACUAUUUCUCCAAAUUCACAGAGUUCUUCGACACGUUUUUUUUCGUCAUGAGGAAGAAGAACUCGCAGGUAACGAAGCUCCACGUGAUACACCAUGGCGUCAUGCCACUUAGUACGUGGUUCGGUGUCAAAUUUAGCCCUGGUGGCCAUUCAACCUUCUUCGGCAUGCUCAACACGUUCGUACACAUCGUCAUGUACACUUACUACUUCCUAGCGGCUUUCGGACCUCAGAUGCAGAAGUAUCUCUGGUGGAAGAAGUAUGUCACAACACUCCAGAUGAUUCAGUUUGUCCUCGUCAUGAUUCACGCCUUUCAGCUCCUCUUCAUCGACUGCAACUAUCCGAAGGCAUUUGCCUGGUGGAUCGGCCUUCACGCUGUUAUGUUUUACUUCCUCUUCAAGGACUUCUACAACCAGGCAUAUAAUAGUAAGAAGAAGAUGAAGGUGGAAGAGAAGGAUGACCAGACGGGCACCACCCCUGCCUAUGAGCAGCCUGAUAAGACACAUAUGUCGAACGGAUACACAGGGACAGACAUCCUGCGGAACCGGGUCUUCAUGUCGACUGGCGAGAAGUGAGAAAACUGACCCUCAUAAAACAAUACAAAAAAAGACAGAAAGGGUUCUUAAGAAGAUAAUAUUUUUUUAAACGAAAUAAUUAUUGAUAAACAAGCUCAAUUAUAGUCGUUAAGUUCAUGAUUGUUGUAAAUAUUUUGUUUUUCGAACCACCUCGAUAAGCAGUUCGCUUAGAAAGUCCAGAGGCUCAAAAAGAAAUAUAAGAGUAAAAUGUAUUUUCUCAAAAGUUAUGAAUGUACGAAAUCUUUCACAACAAGAAUCAGACUUGUCAUGAGGCUUAAAAAAGACUGUACAAGAAUGUUCAAAAAUUUACAAAAAAUUAUUUUUUAUGCAUGUGUGUGUAUGAUUAUAAAAAAUCUAUAUUUAUGUAAAUACAUAUAUUUUAAUGUAGCUCUUGAGGAUCUGUGAUAGUGGUUAAGACGUAUAGACCUAUAUAUUUUCCUUUGUAAUUUUUAAUAUAAAUAAAAGCCUUUAUAAUUU